AUAGAUUUGGUUGUGUGUUUUGACGAAGAAGCUUCUUCGCUCUUCUCCUUUGGAACUUUUCUCCGUCUUUAGAUUGUCAACGCGUUUCUCAUCUGUGAUUUCUCGGAGCUUCAGAUCAACAAUCAUGGCCACCGCUGGAAACAAGAACAUCAACGCCAAAUUGGUAUUGCUUGGAGAUGUUGGGGCUGGAAAAUCAAGUCUUGUGCUUAGGUUUGUCAAAGAUCAGUUUGUUGAGUUCCAGGAAUCAACCAUAGGUGCAGCUUUUUUCUCUCAAACAUUGGCUGUGAAUGAUGCAACUGUCAAGUUUGAGAUAUGGGAUACAGCUGGUCAGGAACGUUACCAUAGCUUGGCUCCAAUGUACUACAGGGGUGCAGCUGCUGCCAUUAUUGUCUUUGACAUUACUAAUCAAGCGUCAUUUGAGAGAGGGAAGAAAUGGGUUCAAGAACUGCAGGCACAAGGUAACCCUAAUAUGGUGAUGGCUCUUGCUGGAAACAAAGCUGAUUUAUUGGAUGCAAGGAAAGUGUCUCCAGAGGAGGCAGAGGCAUAUGCACAAGAGAACAGCCUUUUCUUCAUGGAAACCUCAGCGAAGACUGCAACAAAUGUCAAAGACAUCUUCUACGAAAUCGCAAAAAGGCUACCGCGCGUGCAGCCAGCAGAAAACCCAACAGGGAUGGUUCUCCCAAACGGGCCAGGAGCUACGGCAGCAAGCGCAUCAUGUUGUGCUUAAGAGAGCUCUCUCUUUGAUUAGUCACAGUAGAUCUCUCUUCUUCUUAUCUUGACAUUGUCGCUUUGCUUUGCUUGCAUUGACAACAAAAGUGUAUAUCCAAAUGAUAUUUCAAACCUUGUGGAAUCUAAAAAUAUUUGUAUUUGAAAGAGGUUUGGAUCUCUUUUGUAAUUAGAUAUCAUAAACUUACUA